CCGCCGAGCCGCGCCGAGCCGCGCCGGGCCGGGCCGGGGGUCCGAGCCGAGCCGAGCGGGAGGAUGAGGGGCGUCCUCUGCUUCUGCACCCUGAUCCUCCUGGAAGGCAUGGCGGCAGCGGUUGGCGCGAGCAGGGACUGCCUGCAGGCGGGCGAGGCCUGCACCACCGACCCCGUGUGCAGCGCCAAGUUCCGCACGCUGCGCCAGUGCAUUGCGGGCAACGGCGCCAACAAGCUGGGCCCCGAUGCCAAGAGCCAGUGCCGCAGCACCGUGAGCGCCCUGCUCUCCAGCCAGCUCUACGGCUGCAAGUGCAAGCGCGGCAUGAAAAAGGAGAAGCACUGCCUGAGUGUCUACUGGAGCAUCCACCACACGCUGAUGGAAGGCAUGAAUGUCCUGGAGAGCUCCCCUUACGAGCCGUUCAUCAGGGGCUUUGAUUACGUCCGGCUGGCAUCCAUCACUGCAGGGUCUGAGAACGAGGUGACACAGGUGAACCGGUGUCUGGACGCCGCCAAGGCCUGCAACGUGGACGAGAUGUGCCAGCGGCUGCGCACGGAGUACGUCUCCUUCUGCAUCCGCCGCCUGGCCCGGGCCGACACCUGCAACCGCUCCAAGUGCCACAAGGCCCUGCGCAAGUUCUUCGACCGCGUGCCCCCGGAGUACACCCACGAGCUGCUCUUCUGCCCCUGCGAGGACACGGCCUGCGCCGAGCGCCGGCGCCAGACCAUCGUCCCCGCCUGCUCCUACGAGUCCAAGGACAAGCCCAACUGCCUGGCGCCUCUGGAUUCCUGCCGGGACAACUACGUCUGCAGGUCGCGCUACGCAGAGUUCCAGUUCAACUGCCAGCCAUCCCCACAGGCCGCCAGCGGCUGCCGCAGGGACAGCUACGCUGCCUGCCUGCUGGCCUACACCGGCAUCAUCGGCAGCCCCAUCACCCCCAACUACAUCGACAACUCAACGUCCAGCAUAGCUCCCUGGUGCACCUGCAACGCCAGCGGGAACCGGCAGGAUGAGUGCGAGAGCUUCCUGCACCUCUUCACCAACAACAUCUGUCUCCAAAAUGCCAUUCAGGCCUUUGGCAACGGGACUCACCUGAACACAGCCGUGGCCCCGUCCAUCCCCCCCACCACACAGAUGUACAAGCAGGAGAGAAAUGCCAACAGAGCUGUGGCGACCCUCAGAGAGAACAGCUUGGAGCACCUCCAGCCCACCAAGGUGGCUGGAGAGGAGAGGCUCCUGCGGGGCUCCACUCGUCUGUCCUCAGGGACCUGCAGCCCAGCAGCCCCUCCCUGCUGGGCAGCCUCUCUGCUGCAGAUGUGGCUUCUCCUCAGCCCUGCUGUGUUGAGCCUCCCGUGAUGUGAGGAGGGCUGGCACACACCAGGAGAGACUCGAUUUGUGUUGGUUUCUUUACUGAACAACCAGACCAGUAACUUUUUCAGGAGGAGAGCAGGGAGAAGGGAGGGGAAGGGAAGGCAAGGUGAGUGUUUGGGCAUCCCUUCCUCCUCCUCAUCUGUCUGCCAGUUUAUUUGAUUUUAUAUGAUCAGCAUUGUUGACAACCAGCUCAUUCUUGGUCCUGGCCACCUUUCCACACCACAGCUUGGUUGUUGUUUCUCCAGCUCUCUAUGGAUAGGGCUGAAGCCAUGGACAAUUCCCUUGGAAAAGAUGAAGGAGAGAGUUGAUCCAAGAAAUGAGAGCUGCAAAGGAAAUGCUUUUUCCUGCCCAGCCAAGAGGGGAAAGACUUUUGAUGGAUGGAUGAUUGGAUCACCUGUCAGGAGGUUUCCUGAAGCCCACAUUGAGGGGCUCUUGACAGGACACAUGGGGUCCAGACAGUCUGCACAGUUGCUCAGGACCUGAAGGACAAUGCACCUGGUUCCUUCAGACUGAAGAAAGCAGAAAACUGGUGGGAAUGUGGUUGGUUUUGCUCACUGGAGAGGAACCUGAAGCACCUCUGGGGAGGACCAAGUAACCACCCUCUGAACUGGCUGGCAAGGAUUAUCCACCCUCUCAAACCCAUGGCCAGAGUGCAACCAGCAUCCACAUCCCAGCUGUCACCUCCCCCGGGCCCUCCUUCUUAGGGAAACCUGUGUCCUGUAUUAAUGGUAUUCAGGAAGAAACACGUGUGUUGCAUUUUGUUUACAGCUGAAUUUUUUGUGUCCCAACCCAAACAUCUCUAUCCACUGGUCCUGUUCAGUGUUUUGGGGCAUUUUUGUCACAUCCAAACAACCAGAGGCCAAUAUUGUCCCACUCCAGGCUACCCUUUCUCCAUCAGGGGCCAAUGUGUGAGCCCAUGGGCAGGGUGUGAUGUGAGCCCAACACAUCCCUCUCUCACCUGCUACCUGUUCACCCUCUGGUCUCACAGGCACUGGGUCUCCAGGCAAGGGAUUUUGUUGGUUUUCCUGGGAAGAGAUAGGACAGGAGAGGUUUGCUAGGAACCACCCUGAAGACAGAAACACCCAGCCAAGAAAGGCCACAUCAUGAAUUACAUCAGGGGUAGGGACUGGAUUGCUACAGUUUCCCCUCCUUGAAAAACUGGCAGAGGCAACCACCUGUGUCCAGGUGAGCAGGUCAAGGGCUUUGCCUCUUGCCAGUUUCUGUUUUUUCAGUGAAGAUAUCAUUGGAGCAAGGGCUGCUGAAGUGACCUUUUCUUCUGAGCCACAGCCAGAGCCCAGGGGAGGAAAGUGAGGAUCAACAUCUCUCCAGUGUCUUGGGGCACAGAGGGGCAGGAGUGUGACCCUGGAUUACCUGAGCAUCCCAGGGUCUUUCCUUGAGGAGGGGAGCUGAGGAGUCUCCAUGCCCUCUUGGGGGGCUGAACCCCUUUACUAAAGCCAGGAAAGAAGAUGGUAAGGAAGAGUGAGAAGUUUCCCAGGAUAAAUGCUGACCCAGGCUGAGUGCCAUGGGAAGAACAGCAAUAGCCCCAGAAUCCCCCUGCAUGUGUUUAGGUCUGGCCUUUGCAGCAGUCCAUUUAUUGUUUGGUUUGUGCUCCUCCAAAAAAUAUCAUUAAUUCCUUGGCAUUUGAAUGCAUGGAAAGGCUUAGAAGGCAUCUGACACAGCAAAGUCCAUGGCUUUUUGUUCCCAUUUCCUGCAAAACCUCUCCCAUUGUUUAUUGCUUCAGAUUUUCUGAGAAACUGCAGCAACUUUGGCUUUUGUUCCAACCAGAAACCACUCUGGUUUUCAGCUGAACACCUGUGGAUGUGUCUGACACGAGCAGAAAUCCUUCUGCUGCAUCCUGUCCAAAGUGCUGCUCCUUGAGGUCCUCAGGGCUGUAGCACCUGGUUUUCCUGAUCCAGGGCUGUGCAGAGGAACACACCAAGUUCCAAGGCUUGUGUGCAGGGAGACAAGUCACACCCUGAGCCAAAGGCUGUAUGUGAGAACUGCAUGGCCAAGGGGCUUACUCUGCUCAGGAAAGCAGACCAAGAGGGAGAGCUGCAGGCAGGAAAGUCCUUUCACGUGACCCCACACACGCCCAGAGCUGCUGUGAACAUCUCCCUUUUAUCCAGGGCAGCGGUGUCCCCUGAGAGACCAAGUGGCACAAAGCUUGUGUCCUCGCAGCUGCAGGUGGAGAGGGAUGAAACCCUGCCUGCUCAGCCCUUCAAAGGCAAGGAACUACCUCAACAUCACGAGGUCAUCCUGGGAAUUGCAUUCUUCUGCCCCUUUCCAGUCCUGCAGUCGUGCACUGCUUUUCACACAUCUGGCCCCAUCAGACCAGUCUCCAGCAGCUUUCAGUUGUGCCCAGGCUGUCUGCACAGGAUGGGGAUGUGAGUGUCAGCUUCUUUCCAGGAGCACCCACUCCUGUGUCUCUCAUGUGUCAGUGAUGGUGAGGUGCCACUUUGCCAUUUCCUGCUCAUUCAGCAGAGGAGUUUUUCUGGGUGGUCAGGAUGCCUGGUGGCCCCACCUCACCUCUCCCUUCAGACUGGUAUGCUGUAAAAAGAGGUGGAGAAUCCUACUCAAGGACUGGAUGAGAUGGAGGAGACUUCCAGAGGUUACCUCAUCCCAGUACCAUGUCCCACACCAGCACCUAGUUCACUGAUUUCAGUGAGAGACAUCAUCAUCAUCUCCCCUGGAUUCACAUCACAGGAUCAGGAAAUGGGUCAGGUGGGACCUUAAAGCUCAUCUCGUUCCAGCCCCACUGCCACGAGCAGGGACUCUUCCAUUAGACCAGGUUUCCAAGCCCCAUCCAGCCUGGCCCUGGGCACUUGCAGGGCUGUCUUGCUUUAAGGGCUCUGCAGAUGUUAGUUGUCUCAGGCAUCAGAGCCCCAUCAGAUCCUCAGUUCCCAUGUCCUGUCCUCCAAGCCCCAUCCCAGGUCCUGCCCUUCUGGAGGUUCCUUGGGGUUCACAGAUGCUUUGGGAUGAAAUGAAUGAGGCACAGAGCAAGGAGCCUCUCAACCGGCAGGAAACAGCUGGGGAGUAGGAAUUAACAAAAAAAAAAAAAAAAAUUAUCCCCGAACUUUCAUGGCUUUGUUCUGAUUAUUUGGCUCUUUUCACCAAGAUUUAAUGUUGGUUCUCCCUCCAAGCCUGUUCAUGAAUCAAACUUUGCAAAAAAUGAUGACUUUUGAACCUUUCUGCUGGAGGAAGCAAACAUGAUUCCUCUCCUCCCACCCACCAACAUGUGUGCACAGACCACUGCUUUUUCCUUGUGAAAAGUCAGUAAUUUUUUGGAUGAAAUUCCAUCUCUGCUGAAUUCUGUGAAGUGAACCAUGGAUCUUCAUUUUUAAGUCUCUUGAUUAACCACAGAAGUCAUAGCAGCUGCUUGUAAAGGCAAAAGACUAAGUGAGCCAAGAGACAGGGAGACAAUUUUUUUAGGAAUUACUCCAUUCCUGACAAUUUCCAUAAGCACAAAGAAGAAUCAUGGGAAAAAGAAAGGAGAAAAACCCCACAGUUAAAGAACCAGCCAGACUUUCUGUAGCCACUGAACUCUAUUUUUUGGCUGCACAGCACUACUCCCAGUGGCUGGCAGCCCUGAGAGCCUGUGAAAUAUUGUGUAUGUACUUAUACCUGUCAUGUCAUGUCCAGCAUUGUCCAGACGGGAGCAGGAGCUGGGAGGGAGACCCGGGGCUGGGAGAUGGUGCUGGAGCAGGAAUCCCACAUGUGCCCCUGCUCGAGGGGAGGGUGGUGCCAGCCCAAACUGGGGUCAAACUUGUACUUACCUUUUCUGUACGUGUCAAUAUUCAAACAUAUCCAUGAAUAAAGCACACACGCAUUUUCCUGA